GUUUCACCAGAAGUGGUCCCGCCAUGCCAAUUGGAUCGUACACUGAGUUUAUCUGACUGACGAUAUCGCGUUUUGUGAGCUUUUCUUUGGACGGGAUGUCUACUCUCAAAGCGGAUGGCUUGGUUGACAAGCUGCGAGUUGGAAAUGUACUCGCGAGGAUGUUGUCCACAUACAGAUGCGAUGCAAUCUCUCUUGCUAAGGGUCGUCGAACUGCUUAUCCAGCUUGUCUACCAAGAUCUGGAGUGCGUCUCUGCUCUCCCUGAUGAGCUCAAUUCCUCCGCUGAUCAGGUCUGCAGCAUUGUAAAGCUCAUCGAGCUGUUUGGUCUCGUUUCCGCUGGUCGAGACUCCUUCGGAGUAACCUCUGUACUUUUCCACCAAGGUACCCAAGGAUUUAGCACUGUAUGCUAUUGGUUUUUUGUGUAAUGUGAAUGCCAUUAUCACUUUUUGCUUUUUUUUGGCUUAAGUGCUUUGCUUUCGCUUUAACUUACAGCCUACUUUAUUGUAGCGUAUGUGUUGCCAGGUAUGAUAGCCUGGGCUUUUUGUUGCUAGGUAUGAUGUCCUAGUCUUUAUUGCCAGGGAAAUGCUGGACUUGUGCUAGGUAUGAUGGCCUAGACUUUUUCGAUUCAAUAAAGAAUCUCGACCAAAAAAAAGGAUUUUUUU